GCAUGCCCACCGCUCCUCUUCCCCGCAGCGGACCGGGAUCGGGAUUGGGAUCGGGACCGGGACCGGGAUCAGCCCCGCACCGCGGCCCCGGGGCUCGGCCGAUGGAACUGUCCGCGCCGUAGGAUGGCAGCGUAGAGGCGGCGUUGCUCCGUGCAGGGAGGGAGGGAGGAACGGGGCAUCGCCCGCCUCCCGCUACCGUGGGAAAGCAGAACCCGUGCCCCGUCCAUGUGGGCACCCGGGCCGGCCCCAGGAUGAGACGCGCCUGCAGGAUGGUUCAUCUGCUCGUCUUGUGCCGCAUCUCCAGGGCUGUGCAGAAGCGUCUGCCUGGAGUGAAAGUGAAGUAUCUGUUCUUAAUGUGGUUAGGAAUCCUACUGGGCAGCUGGGUGCUUUACAUGCAUUACUCUUCCUACUCUGAACUGUGUCGAGGUCACAUCUGCCAAAUGAUCAUUUGCGAUCGUUAUAAGAAAGGAAUUAUUUCCGGAUCUGCAUGCAAGGACCUGUGUGAAGAAAACAAACUGCAGUUUCAACAAUGCCUGUCCUCAAGCCCAGUCAAUCAGGUUUAUGGUGGUGUUUGGAGAGGUAAGGAAGUCAUUAUUAAGUGUGGGAUAGAAGAUGCCUUCAAAACAGAUCUAAACCUGGAGUCUCUACCUCGGAGGGACCUUGCGUUGUUUGACAAACCGACCAGAGGCACCUCGAUGGAGGAGUUCAAGGAGAUGCUGCUCACAUUCCUGAAGGCUAGUCUUGGCGAUCAACAAUCACUGGGAAACCUUGUCACCAGAAUAAUCAGCAUGGCCGAUAUUAACCAGGAUAAGAAGGUAUCCUUAGCAGAGGCUAAGUCCAUCUGGGCUUUGCUUCAGCUCAAUGAGUUUUUGUUGAUAGUUUCUCUGCACGAGAAAGAACACACAGCACAGUUGCUGGGCUUCUGUGGAGACCUGUACAUCACGGAGAAGGUCCCAUACCACUCCCUCCACAGCGUCAAGAUGCCACCAUUCCUCAAGGCGGUUUUGCCCUCGAUGGUGGCCAGGAGCCUGAACCGCUGGUUCGCCCCGGCCUGGCCCAAGCGCGCAGAAAUCACCAUCGGGCUCCUCGAAUUCGUGGAGGAGAUUUUUCACGGCACUUACGGUAGUUUCUACAUCUGCGACGCCGACCUGGGCAACAUCGGCCACAAUGAGAAAUACGAUUUCAAAAUGGUCAACCUCAGGAAGGUGGUGACAGAAAUGACUCUGAAAGAUUUCUAUAAGGGGCGCCACUGUGAACACAACGCAGACUGCACGCACGGGAAGGACUGCAUGGCAACUUGUGACAAGCUCGCCAAGCAAUGCAACACUGAACUUAUACAGCCAAAUCUGGCCAAAAUCUGCGGCUUGCUGCAGGAAUAUCUGCUGUAUGGGGCUCCCACUGAUUUCAGAGAUGAACUGCAGAAACACUUACAAACUUGCAUGAAACUGAACGGCUUGGCAAGCCAGAUGGAAGUUCACCACUCACUGCUGUUGAACAACAUCAAAACAUUACUCUGGAAAAAGAUCUCUCACACCAAAUACUCUUAAAGGGCCAGAGACUCUUUAAACAUUGUGCUUGGGGGGUCUUUAACUUACAUAACUUAUAAAUUAGUAUCAAUUGUGUCAACAACUUCGUAAAGUUCUAGGCAAGUAGCUGUAGGUCCGAGUAAGGAAAUUUAAAAUAACCUUUACAUUUGUCGAAUCUCAAGCCUGUGAGGGAUAAGAUGUUAUUAAAGGUAAAAUGUUGUAGAUGCAUAACAAAAAAAUUUAUUUGGAUGUAAGUUUUUGCUGAGUGUUCGGGAAUUAUCCCUCUGGUUUCGUACUGAGUUUUAGUCUCAAUCAUUGUGUAGAACUUUAUCAACAGAAUGAGAUGCCCUUCCUUCAGCCUCUCAUUUCCUUUAUGCUGUGGCGAAUAUCGCCAACUUUGGGUAUGUCGGACUGUAAGUUAUUAAUAAAAUCAUCAGUUGACUGAAAAA